AUGACUAUUGAACAACUCAGGGGUUCCUUACAAGAAUACGAAGAAAAACAAAAGAGAAAAAUUAAACAAAAUGAGGAUAUGAAGCAACAACUACAAUUCAACGUAAAGGAAGAAAAUUAUACAAAUUACAGGAGUCAAAGAGGACGAGGUCGUGGACGUGGACGAGGAGACGAAGGAGAAAGAAGAGACAGUUACAACAACUACUCCAAAAACUUCAACAAUGGAGAAAGAAGUUGGAAUCCAAAAGCAACAAGAGGUCGUGGAAGAGGAAAUUCAUGGUCGAAGUGCGAUAAAUCACAAAUCAAGUGCUUCAAAUGCAACAAGAUUGGUCACUACGCAUCUGAGUGUAGAUUCUCAAAGAAGGUUGUAGAGAAAGCUAACUUUGUAGAAGAAAAAUGUGGAGAAGAAGAAACUUUGAUGCUUACGUGCCAAAACCAAGUUGAAGAGAAAAGAAACAAGUUGUGUCUCGACACCAGUGCAAGCAACCACAUGUGUGGCGAUCGAAGCAUGUUCGUAGAGAUCAACAAAGUGACAAUUGGCAAUGUCUCAUUUGGAGAUGACUCAAAGAUAUCGGUCAAAGGCAAAGUUAAAAUUCUCACACAUUUGAAGAACGAGAGUCAUCAAUUCAUAUUUACUGUCUACUAUGUUCCUAACAUGAAGAAUAAUAUUUUGAGCUUGGGAUAA